GUUUUAAGGAGAGUCGUGUGCCAGACACGCAGCCACUGAACCACAAGCAGCUUCGCUUUAACUGGAGUGCCCGGGAGUCGCGUGCCAGGAGCCGCACGGCCGAGGACUGACUGACAGACAGACACGCACCACCACCACAACACACGAGACCCGGGCGGAUCGCCGCGGCCUCCGGGGCUCUUGGCAAACUCGCCAGUCGGAGAGGUCCCCCGCGGAGCCGCGCCAGAUCCGCCGCUUUCACGCUAAGAGAAGGACGCAGCGCUGCGCUCCCGGCAGCGCGGAGAAUCGCAGCACACGCCAAAGUAAUAGCUUCGCCGAGACGCGCUGAGAGAGCGAACUACGAUGUUUGUCAAAUCCGAGACCUUGGAGUUGAAGGAGGAAGAGGACGUGCUGGUCCUGCUCGGCUCGGCCUCCCCCGCCUCGGCUGCCCUCACCCCACUGUCGUCCAGCGCCGACGAGGAGGAAGAGGAGGAGCUGGGCGCGUCGGGAGGGGCGCGACGGCAGCUUGGGGCCGAGGCCGGGCCCGGGGGGCUGGGCGGCCCGUCGGCCGGAGCUGAGGGCUGCCGGCCAGCGCGGCUGCUGGGUCUGGUGCAUGAAUGCAAGCGGCGCCCCUCCAGGGCGCGGGCCGUUUCCCGCGGCGCCAAGACAGCCGAGACCGUGCAGCGCAUCAAGAAGACCCGUAGACUGAAGGCCAACAACCGUGAGCGCAACCGCAUGCACAACCUCAAUGCGGCGCUGGACGCGUUGCGCGAGGUACUCCCCACGUUCCCGGAGGACGCCAAGCUUACCAAGAUCGAGACCCUGCGCUUUGCCCACAAUUAUAUCUGGGCGCUUACCGAGACCCUUCGCCUGGCGGACCACUGCGGGGGUGGCGGCGGAGGCCUGCCGGGGGCGCUCUUUUCCGAGACCGUGUUGCUGAGUCCGGGAAGCGCUAGCGCCUCCCUGAGCAGCAGCGGAGACAGUCCGUCGCCUGCCUCCACCUGGAGCUGCACCAACAGCCCGGCGCCGUCCUCCUCGGCGUCUUCCAACUCCACCUCCCCCUACAGCUGCACUUUAUCUCCUGCCAGCCCGGCUGGUUCUGACAUGGACUAUUGGCAGCCCCCACCUCCCGACAAGCACCGCUACGCACCUCACCUCCCCAUAGUCAGGGACUGUAUCUAGAACUGCCAUCCUUGCUACCCGCGCCAGGCCUUAGUGGGUUCCCUUUCCUGUCCUGGACCAAGCCCUCCCACCCCUCUCCUGUCCCCACUUCUAUGCCCUGGAAACCAUCUCAUUUCGCAGGGCAGAUGUAGCCGUUCUGACUCCUGGGUUGUUUGCUGCAUUCCUUGGCCAAGGGUUUCCUUCCGUCAGACGGUCUCUAAUUUAUUGAAGGUGUGAUGGAGCUUAUUGUCA